AUGGAGAAAGUUACAAGACGGUUGCUGGUUGUGCGACAUGGAGAACGUUGUGACUUUACUUUUAGCCAGCGAGGAAUCAACUGGAUGAAAGAAGCUUUUGAUGUAGAUGGAAAAUAUCGUCCGUUCGAUUUGAAUUUGCCGAGAAAUUUACCAAAACGUAGGGAUGGCUUUGAAAUGUUUGCGUUGGAUACACCAUUAACUGAAAUGGGAUAUUUACAAUCGAAACUCACAGGCCGGGCACUUCGAGACCAUGGUAUCAAAGUAGAUGUCAUUUAUUGUUCUGCUGCAUUACGCUGUAUUCAAACAGCUGUUGGUAUCAUUAAAGGUAUGGAAAAUCAUUCGCUAAAAAUCAAUGUUGAACCUGGGCUUUAUGAAUGGACACGUUGGUGUCCGAAUGGUGUCCCAUCCUGGAUGACUUUAGAAGAACUUACUCGUCUAGGUUACCCCAUCAAUGCGUACUAUAUACCUUUGCUAAAACCCAGUGAUUUAUGCAUCAAUGAAACUCUGGAUGAAUUCUACGAACGAUCUUUCAAACUGGUUCGUAAAAUACUGAAAAGUAGUAAUGAAGAAACAAUACUUUUGGUAACGCAUGCUCCUUCGUUGGAUGCAUUGAUUCGUCAACUUUGUGGUGGCACACCAAGAACCCUAGAAGAUUUCAUGUACAACCUCCAGCAAAUACCAUAUUUGGCAUGCUUACAAGCUGUAGAACAAUCUAAUGAUGGCGUCACUAUGGACAGUGCUAGCUCUGCUACUAGAAGCAAUGAAAAAGUUUGGAAAUUUGUAGGUUCACCAAUACCUGCACUUACACAUUCAUCCAAUUCUUCAUUUGAUACUAGGUAUGAAUUUUUUGGUCUAGAAGUAAAGUUGAAAUAA